UGGGAAGUGUUUUUUGUUCCAAUCCAAUCAGAACAACUGAAAUUAUGGGAGGAGUCGAAGGCAACCCAGAGAUGAUUAUGGUUCAACCCGUGGCUUCCCAUGCUCCCAGACGCCGCCCGCCUUCUUCCACCGGCGUCCAGUGGACCACUGGAUUAUUUGAUUGCCAUCAAGAUCUUCAUAAUGAGCACUCCAAAUUAGGGGGCAGGGGUGGGUCUGGGAUGGGGUUCAGGAGAGUUAGGGGGCAGGAACCAUCUAUUUUGCAAACCAUCUAGUGCCAUCGUUGGCCAGUGUCAACGAAACCGCCAUCGUACAUUAUUUUCAUGGUCGUUUUCAAACUUUGCACGAGAAGCCUUAAUAUUUUUAAGAUUAAGUGGCAGUAAGAUUAGGAGUUAGAACACUUGAAAUAUGGGUUAAAAGGUUGUGAUAUGAUACUAUAUAUUUCGAUGACUCAACUCAACUAAGCUUAAGUUUAUAAUUGUAGGCUGAAGAAAUGUUAUUCAUAUGCUCCCUCCUCCGUCCCAAAAUGGAUGUCAUUGUCACUAUUACGGCUUAUCGAUAACUUUCGUUUAUUCGUGUGUUUUCAUUGAUCAUAACAAUGGUCACUCUUCCUACUUUAUUACUAGUAUUUACCUUUUAUAUAUACCAACAAGGUUUCGUUGACACUCGAAAAACAUGUCAUACUAGUGCCACUGGGUU